UCAUCAAAAGCCCACGACCAGCAUGGGCAAAGUCAAGAAAAGCAAAUUGGAAGAGGAUGACGAAGAUACUUGGUGUGGGCUUGGUCCGUUUCAAGGCGAAUGGCUGCAGAGGUUCGCUACGAAGAAAUCUUACCUGUUGACCUACAGCUUCUUGGGCAUUUUCCAGGCCAUGUUUGUUAGUUAUUCUAUUGCUACUUUAACGACUCUCGAGAAACAAUUCAAACUCAAGAGUCAAACGACGGGUAUUUUGCUGGCGGGUAAUGAAGUGAGUCAGAUCUUGCUCUCGCUCGUGAUGACUUACUUUGGCGGACAUGGACACAGGCCUCGACUUGCUGCACUCGGAGUCCUGUUCUCCGGCGCCGCUUCACUACUCGUAGCCGCCCCGCAUUUUAUUUACGGCCAAGCAACAGCAAUCACGAACGUGACGAGAAGUUUGGACGUAUGUUCUACAUCCCCCGAAUCAGUAAUGCCCACCAUGAACCCGGAAGAUAGCUGCGAUGACACAGCACCAAUCGGUCCAAUGGUCUACAUUUUCAUGUCACAAUUUGUUUCCGGUAUUGGAACGACCCUCUUCUCCAUUCUCGGCAUUACUUAUCUUGACGACAACGUCAAACGGAAGCAGACUCCCAUGCUCAUCGGACUUAUGUCGGCACUUCGGUUGAUUGGUCCCGUCUUUGGAUAUGGUCUCGCCGCCAUCUGCAUACGGAUGUAUGUCAACCUUAGCGAAACAACGACACUCAAGCCUAGAGAUCCUAGUUGGAUUGGAGCUUGGUGGCUUGGCUUUAUGGUGAUCGGCAUUAUUCAAGUUUCUGCCUUCUGGUUAUUGGCAUGCUAUCCGCGACGUCUAGCGAAAAAAUCCACCACCGGCCAAGGUUUCGGCACGAUUGACUCACUUCGGCAACACUCACAAACGAAAAGACCCGAAGCGCGAACAUUCAAAAAGUUCCCAGCUGCGUUGCGUCGAUUGCUGACAAAUAAGAUUCUCAUGCUCAACAACUGCGCCGGUGUCUUCUUUGUCUUCGCAUUGAGCGGAUACCUUACCUUUUUACCCAAGUACAUGGAGACACAUUUUCAACAGUCAGCAUCUGUCUCAGGCCUCGUAAACGGACUUACUGCUGUCAUGUUCAUGUCCACUGGUUUGUUACUAGCAGGCUACCUUGUUUCACGGUUUAAAUUUGCCGCUUGGAAACUCCAAGUUUGGGAUGUCAUCAUUGGAAUUCUUUGGGUCGCUCUUCUAGUUACAUUUGCAUUCGUAGGAUGCAACGCAAAACCUAUACAUGGUCUUGAAAAUGCAGAAAAUGGAGAUGGUGCCAUGUUGGGCAUUCCGGUUACACCGUGCAGCGAGGAUUGUAAUUGUCAGGCCAAUCGUUUCGCUCCGGCCUGCUCCGAGGAUGGCACAGUCAAUUUUUUCUCAGCAUGUCACGCUGGCUGUACCACAAUGAACCACACGGGCGAUCAGACAAUUUUCUCCGACUGCAGUUGUAUUAAAGAAUGGAAGAAUUCAACUUCUAUGACAGAUUCUGGUUCGUGGUAUAAUGGCCGAGCCAUCGGUGGCUAUUGCCCUUCCAACUGCUUUCAAAUGUUCCUCAUUUAUAUUACCGUCAUGGGUUUCAUCAAGUUUUUGAGCUCAAUGGGUCGGGUCAGCAACAUACUCAUUACUUUCCGAUGCGUCCCGGAAGAAGACAAGUCUUUCGCCAUCGGCCUAGGCUAUCUGUUAACCAGCUUAUUUGCUUUCAUUCCUGCCCCAAUUGUCUACGGAGCUGUAGUUGAUCAGGCGUGCAUUCUAUGGAGAACCGACAGUUGCGGUAUGCGGGGUAAUUGUUGGAUUUACGACCAGGAAAAGAUGCGAUUGUACUUACAUAUCCUUACGGCCAGCGUAGUUACAAUCGGUGUAGUGUUCGAUUUUUUCACCUGUUUCGCCGUCCGUGAUCUCGAUCUAUACGCGGAAGACGACGACGAGAAAGUCGGCGACAAUGGAAUGGUCGCCUCAGCCAACAAUAAAGAGCUUCAACCCAUGUUAUCUUCGCGCCCGCCGCCACCAACAAGCAAGCUCAACGAAGAAGAAUUCAUCAAAACGUUGGAGGCAUAGCAAAACACUUGGUACGAGGAAAUUUACCUUUACUAGAAGGUAGGAAUCCGGACAUUACUGGGACGAUGAAAUGGAGCAAACCGUGGCCAAAAUUGGUCGUGAAGUUGGACCACGUCGUAAGUAUUUGCUGAUUCUUAGAAACGUGAGUUUUCGAGUUAAACUCGUGCCACGUGACGCUCUGAGACAAAAGAUGAACUUGGAGGCCAAACAUAUACAUACAGAACAUGCCAA